UCCAUUCAGUGUCUCGUUUUCAGCGUUAGCAUGUUUACGUUGUGCAUGUCACGCGGUCCUCCACCCUUACAGCAGGACCAUGCGAACGAAAGAAAGUCUUUCAAUAAGAAGAAGAUCAUUAAGGGAGGCUUCCUGCUACGUUACCAACGUGGUUUUUUUUGUAAAGGCUGGUGCGAAGAGUGGGUGGUACUGUUCGAAGAUUCCACCCUCGCAUGGUACGCGGAUAAGACCUUAAGUAGACCGCGGGGUUACGUCAGAGUGGGGGAAGCCCCGGAACUGUUGGCGGUGGGCGAGUGGACCCGAAAAGUGCCGAGGAAGCCCCGAUUUCCCCGGUCCUGUCACAUUAAUCAGCUGUUGGCGGUGGGAUGUCAUAGAACGCAUGACGUGCAUUGGCUAAUGGCUACCACACCAGCAGAAAUGAAUGACUGGAUGACUGCAAUAAGCAAUACGCUACCCCCACCCCCAAAUAUUCCGAUCACAGACAAGAGGUUGACUUUAACACCGGAAAAGGUCAUCGCCAACGGACAUGCUCACCCAGUAGCCAACGGUUGCGCCACCAUCAUCCCCAACGGUAAAAUCCCAUCGGCACCACAACCGCCGACCACCACGAAGACAAAAUCGACUUGCUCAAAACCACAAUGCUACGCACCAAAUACCCAAGCCCUUAGCACAAAAAAAGACGUAAAAAAGGAUGGACUUUAUCACAAUGACCAUACAGUGUUAGCAGGUGUAUGCGUGGAUUGGGGUCAGGGUUGGGGCUGGUCGGGACAAGUGAACGCUAUCGCACCCCAAAUAUCCUUCACAACGGAAAUGAUCGGCACUAGUGCAGCAGCGAUAGCGCCAGCUGUUUACUGUCAUACCGACACUGAUUACUCUAUGACCGGAUAUGACGAUUUCGAUUGGAGCGCUUUCGGCGAUUUUUGUUUCUAAUCGCGCUCGCCUAUAUUUCAUCCCUAUAAAAUCCAACCGAUUCGACUGAGUUUUCUGGAAUUUAUUCACGAUUUUCAGGUGAAAUGUCAUCUGUAUUUGUUUGCUUUAUGUACUCGGGGUGUACCAAUUGAUAGGCCUAAAAAAUAAUUUUUUAUGAUACACACUAUACGGGGUGUUCGAAAAAUAGACGGAGAUAUUUCAAUGGGUGAUUCCUUGGAAAAAAAUAUGAGAAAAAGUUUCUAUAAACAUGGAAAUGCACAAUUUAUAGAAAUUUUUUCUCAUAUUUUUUUACAAAAAAAUAACCCAUUGAAAUAUCUAUUUUUCGAACACCCUGUAUGUUAUGGUAUGCCAAUCGUUACUCAGUACUUUAUGCU